CGGGAUAAUAUACUCCUCCUACCGAGCACUUCAUGCGCACUUGUGUUGCUCCAGGACUGCGCUUUUGCAGCGAUUUGUAAAUCGUAUGGAAUUAUAGACAAUGAGACAUCCAUGGAAAAACAUGGUAGUAAAAUCAGCAUAUUUUAGCCUACACUCAAAUUUAGAGUAUCAUUAGGUAAACUAGCCUAUAAUAGAACUACUAAGCCUAGGCCUACUAUGGGAGAGUGUAUUUGUUUUGAGAGCUCUGUUUUUGGGGAAAGGACUUUGUACGUAAGAUGAUAUUUGAUCUAUUAAAUAGAAACAGUUUUGAUUAUGCGUACAAAAACAUGCGUAAAGCAUAACAAUGCCAAAGUGAACUACGAGGGCUGCGCUGAGUCUUACAUCGUCCUCAAGGUAUCGUUUUAAAAGAAGAUGAUUGCUGACAGAGAGACAGGCAGGUGCUAUCACGGAACCUCACGACGGUGAAGCAAAAACGACCACAACAAAACCUACGGUGAAAGUUCGUCUAAAGGCACAUGAUGGUGGCGAGGAUGGCGAGCUGCGGAGCCGCUUGUCACCUGGAUGAAGGAGAUGGAGACAUCCCUGCCCCUGACCAGAAGGAAAAUGUAGGGACAUCUACAGAGGAGAGUUCUGAAGAAGAGGAGGAUGAAGAGGAGGAGGAGGAUUCUGAUGGCUCUGCUGAGAAAGAAGAAGGAGAAUCAGAGGAGCCUGACGUUGAGGGUUCCAGUAAUGAAUCAGAGUCGGCUCAUCAACCUCAUGCAGAGGUUUCCCUUGCUAAAGAUGUGCCCCCCAAGCCAUGUUGUGAAAAAUGCAAUGCUGUCCAGCAGAGUCAAGGCAAUGAACUGGUUAUUCCCAGGAAGAUCUCUAAAGGGCGCCUACAGGUGCAGCUGGAGGGAGAGGGGACAUAUGAGUGCUCCGUCACCGGCCUGGUGUUUGAGGUGUCAGAGAGAGUCCUGAUCCGCUACUCAGUCCUGUCCUGGUCCAAGUUCGGCAUGUUCCUCAGGGACUCCUGGAGGUUCGCUGGGCCCAUCUUCAACGUGGACUGUGUCAACAGCCCCUCAUCCAUCCUCACCUCCAUCCAGUUCCCUCACUCCCUCUGCCUCGCUGACCCCGACAGUGAAAUGACCUUCAGUGUCCUGCAUAUGAAGGACAGCUGUCCAGUGAUCGAGCCCUCGGUAGACCACUCUGGCAGCCAUGUAAAGUGGCGUGUGUCGUCCCUGUCCCCGGUGGGGCCCAUUGUCCAGAGCAGCAAGCCUGUAGAGCACCACGGGGUGGUCCUGGUGUAUAAGGAACUGGCUUUGAACAACUCUUACUCCUUUCGCAUCUACCUGGCCACCAACAACUCCUCCGAUAUUAAGGACAUAGGGAAGGAGGUGCGUUGCUCCAAGAGGCGUUACCUGAAGGUAGAGAAGCCACCCACCUGUAAGCUGGAUGAGAGGAGGUACCGCCUCAUGAGCGAACCAGAGGGCGACAUCAGCCCUGCGGACUUGCUGUUCACGCUGGCCGUGACUAAAUUGAAGGGAUAUUUUGAGGCGUUCUUUGAGCAGCCCCCUCCCUUCAAGCUCUCCCUCAUAGAGACAGAGUCCGACCAGACUGUGUGGUCAGCCACCAUCAGAGAAGGUGACUGUGUGGACAAUGCAGUUGAAAAACCAAGGAAACGGACAGCUAGGAUUUUCUCCUCUUCUGUAGGCAGGAAAAGAAGCACCAGCACAUCAGAGGAAGAGAUGACCAAUAAGAGACCUCGAUCUGUAGAUGAGUCAGACGGAGUGCUGACAGUGCAGGUCCCAGAUGUGUCGUCCAAGCAGCUGAUGCAGGUGGCUAAGCGGCUGGGGAAGGAGUGGAAGCAGGUGGCUAUCGGUUGCCUGGACCUGUCCUCCAAAGAGCUGGACGAUAUACAGGCCAGUGAGGAGGAUGUCAUCAUGCAGAGGUUUAAGGCAUUGGAGCGCUGGAAGACUGGCAGGCCAAAGGGUCAAGCCACUGUUGCUCACCUCUUGAUGAGCCUACAGGAGCUGGAUGACCUGCCCAACGAGGUCUACCAGACACUGCAAGAUAUGAUGGACAAUAAAGCUGCCAAAUGAGAUCUCUUUAGCCUCCCGAGGUCCCUGCCUUUCUGCAGCCCUGUCGUUAAUAAGACAGAGAGACAAUGGGAGAGAGACGUUUGAACUCUUGCCUUGAAGACAGAACUCUCUCUACUUAUGCUGUAUGGAGUAGGAUGAAAGUUUUCUCUAGACCAGAUAUGGGCAACUCCAGUCCUCGGAGGCCGGAGUGGUGUCACACUUAUCCCCCAUCCCUAGCAAACACAGCUGAUUCAACUAAUCCAAUCCGGCCCCUGACGACUGGAGUUGCCCGUCCUUGCUCUAGAGGCUGAUCUAAGGUCAGCUUUGCAUACCGCCUUCAUAAAUUGAGGAUUUGAGGAGUGUACACUGAUCCUAGAUCAGAAGCAUUAUGGGUCCCGUGCCAUUGCCUAGGCAGGGCAGGCACCCCAGCCUAGCACUGUCACCCCCUCCCAGCCCAAGACAAUUGGGCUUCAAUUGCCUUCAACUGAAAUGUUUGAUUCCUGCAGGCCUGGAUCUAGAGAACUUUGUGCCCUGCCUAGUAGUGAUAUUUAGUAGUGGGAAACCCUGUCUUUUCACCCCUCCCGUUCUCUCAGCAUUACAACAGGAGUUCAACAAAGACACAGAAAAAGAAUUUCACCCAAGCAUUUAAUCUUGAAUGGUCAUUUUCUUAGAUGUUCACAAAUGGUCCAUUAACCUGGAAUAACACAGGUGUUAUCAUGCUGUAGAGGUACCCCGAACAGCCAGGAGCUAAUGCUACGACCCACGGUGCAAAGAAGACCUCUUAUGUCAUAGAUGAGCUCUGGGAAAUAGGUAGCUAAAGUGUAGCCGGUAACAGACAUGGUGCUGCAGUAUGGAAACUGUUAACAAACUUACGGGGCGUUGUAUAUUUUGUAUUUUGAUAUUUCUCAUUCAAGGCAUUACCACUUACUUAAUCAUGGAAUUGGACCAACUACUCAAGGAGUGUAGCUCUACUUUUUAUACUGUGUACAUAUUUUCUCUGUAUUUAAACUAUGCUGUGAUUGUUUUAAUUUUUUGUACAGUUUGUGUUUGUUCGUUUUUAUGUGUGUUAUGAUGAAGUUGACAGUGGGGAUAGCUAAGCUUCAUUUCAGAGAAAAGAUUGGUAAUAUUUACUUUUGUUUAGCCUGAAUCGUGUACAUUCUGUAGCCUGGAAAUCACGCUCAGUGCAUUUUAACAAGGUGGGCUUGACUGAAUUCCAGAAACCACUAAUUUAGGAGAGUAUUUUUAGUUUAUAAAAAGGGCUACUAACUUAUUUUAAACACCUUUCAAUAGGGAUGUCACUGUUGCCGAUACUGGGACGCAAAUACCACAGUGAGAUGAACAACGAUUAAUUGUUGAAAUUAUGAAUGGGAAAACCAUGAGUUAAGUGGUAUAUUGGGUAUUGGAUGCCAUUUGCAAGUGUGUACAUAUGUUUACACUGAGAGUGAUCUCUCAGAAAGUCCAUAAUUAAUAUUCCAGUCAUUACAUGUGCACUUCUGUAAUGUUACACCUCAGGUAUGGGCCUUCGUGGGGCUCUGGGUAUGGUGUCUAAGAUUACAAGUCUUUGACGGAAUAAAAUCUUUUUUUUUUAAA